AUGCCCCAGUUAUUCUUUUCGUUCCUCGUGCAUAGUUUCUUUCACGAUAAGAUAUUUGAAUUUUGUGUAAAAAAUGGAUUAACGGCGGAUGUAUGUGUUCCUCAAUUCUUUGAGAACACCAAGGGCUUUGACUCGUCCAUCUGCUGGAACGAAGAUGUCCAAGAGUAUUUUAGAAAAUUGAAGUCAGGAGAAGAGAAUGUUAUCACUUUGGAGUCCCUUAAAGAGAAGCCAUUUUAUCCAGAAGAAGCUAAAGUGUCGGAAUUUACAUUGGAGAUCAUUCAGAAACCUCUUUCAGGUAUUGAUUACAAAUAUUCUUGUAAAUCUGCAGGUGUGCAUGGUGAGAAAAAAUUAUUCUUUAAUAUAAAGUUGAUUAAACAUAUUCUUAAAAAUAGCUUUGGAAAAAACCUAAUUUGUUGUAUAUGAAAGCAAUACAGCUCAUCGUAUAGCUGUGUUCUGUGACCAAAAAAGUUGCUUAGAAAACGAAGUUUGUCGCCUCCCUUCGGGCACUACUUUAAAAUUAUAUAAAUUUAUAGAUUCUGAUAUGCCUGGCACGAAUUUAUUCAUGCAAACCUGCAGUUUCUUUGUAUUUUACGACCAAACAUCAUCAUUUUCUAUUAAAAUUAGCAAUAUUUUUUUUUUGAAACUUCAUGUUAUACACAGUUAUUGUACCAGUUCGAAGGCGGGGGAGAGGGGUGGGGGGUAUCACGCGGUUCAUCUCAAUAUGAAAUUGCAAAGAUUCUUUAAUCAAGAAUUUUACAGAUUCUAAACUUGUGUUGCUCAAUUUUUUAUCAACAACGAACAAGGAGCGCACGAUAUUCGAUAGAUCUUCAGGACCCAGAUGUAUUUUAUUUAACACAAAUUGACCAUUGGCAGCAGUUCUUUCAAAAACUAGCUCAUGCAUGAAAUCUGAACUUUUUCCUGUGGGGCAUUAAGUGCUAUGAGCAUUAAGUGCUAUCAUACGUUUAAAUUUGUUCGCGCUAAAUCUUUCUAUACACUUUUUUUAGAUCUAACCGGGAGCAGCUGCGAAAAAUGGAAGUAAUAGGCCCUUUGGCUGCGAUUCCGUGGUAAUGCUCUAACGCGCUGUGCAACAGAGACCAGUUGCUAAACAUUGAGAUCCUAAAAUUGUAUUUUUUGCAACUGCUCCUGGUUGUUAGGUCUAAAAAAGUGUAUAGAAAUUUAGGUUCGAAAAUUCAAUCUAAAAAACCAUUCACUAUUAGUUGUAUCGAACGAGAUUCCCAAAAUGUCGAUAUAAGGAUCUUUAUCAAUCUACUCUUUGCAAUUUCAUAUAUAAUUCAACAAUAAACCCAAAAGCUGAUGCAAUAUAUCUCACGCCACCGCUCUGCGAGAUAAAACCACAUUACAGCGACUUUUUCUAAUUUUUUAACGAAUGAUGUUAAAUUUGCUUUGUACAGUAAAUGGUUAGCUUAUUCUGAAAAAUUGCUUUUCACAUUGUUUUAAUUGUCUGCAUUGGUUACCGAGAAUUAGAUGCCACCCAAAAAUGGCGGAUAUUCGUUGUUGUGAGAAAGGCUAAUUAUUGACGAUUUACUCAUGCAUAUAACCGCGUGAUAAGAGACUUGAAUUGGUGCAAUAAUGUUAAUACAAAAUGUUGAUCUUUCAUCGUAAAGUAUACAAAGAAACUUCAGGUUUUUACGAGUGACAACAAGUUAAUUCAUACUCAGCAUACAAAAAUCUAUAGAUUCAUGCAGAUUUAAAGUUAGCCCGAAGGGGUGGGAGACAGAAUUAAUUGAAACCAAAUCACAGAAUACGGCGUAUUACGUACAUCUCUGUAAUGGAUGGUUCAAUUCUUCCUGUUACCAUCCCCCCAAAUGUACACCGACGGAAUUUUGUUGAGCAUCUGGUCCAGGUGUCCCGUGGGGGUAGGGGUUAGGAAUACACAUGUUCACAGGCGAGGGGCUUUGGGACUCGUAGAAAAAUGCAAAACAUGGGCCCACUUUCACUCCAACUGUUUUUUCUUGCAUAUUUAAACAUUCCUGUAGAUCACAGAUUGCGUUGGAAAUUGGAAGAAAAAAUGCUUCGUUUAACACUGUACUAACAUCGCUUUGAUAACCCUAGUGAACACAUUCUAUCACUUAGUGAAUGCCUUUCAAAUGUCGACAUUCGUGAAAUUUUGAUAACGUGUUCGUGUACAAUAUUGCGCAUGGGAGGGGAAUUGGCUUUUCUUUAUUUGCCCAGAGGUGGAGAAUUGACAGUUUAGGAAUAAAGAAUACAUAAAUCCCCGGGGGGAGGGUAACAGGAAGAAUCGAGCCAUGCAUGAUGCAGACAAUUCUCUGCUGCGUACGCCUUUCUAAACGGGCACCUCUUUAAUAUCAACGCCUUUCUAAUAAUGCGGACACCUUUGCAAUGUACCGCCGUCCACAUUAAUCCGUUUUCGUUUGAAAACGUAUACUUUUGCACGCGUUUUCGCCGAUCUUCCACACUGAUACGAUGGAAAACGGAUGCCUUCAUCAAUGAAAACGGAGCUUUUCGGAAACGGCUUUGAAAGUACGUGGAGACAACGCGGGCGUAGUGUAGACGGGUGAAAACGAAGGUUUUCAAAAACGCGGACGGCAUGAACACAAUCAUGCGUGGUGUGUUGUUUCUGACUUGACUGGAUAAAAGGAUGAUUAAUCUGCAAGCAUAACUCGCAAAGACAACAUAAUGCGCUAUACACUAUGUCCUAGGUUAUGAGUUAAUUUAUUUGUGAGAUUGUAAAGCCACUAGAGAAGCUCUAUUACCGGCGAUGUUUUUAGGUCCAACCUCGACGAAUUUGUCUCUUUCUCCGUAAAAAUGUUCCGGGCAUUCUUGUAAGAUUUUUGCAUGAAUAACGGUAAAAUGAAUGAAGAUCGAAAAUAAUAAAACAUUAUCGUUUUCUAAGUGCUAGUGUGGUGAAAAAAAUGAUCCAAAAGCGCUACUGUGGACGCAGAUAUUUGUAUACGUUUUCGAAAUAUCAAAAACGAAGGGAUUCGAAAACGGAUUAGUCUAAUAGUGUGGACGUAGCCUACAUUCCCAAUACGCAUAGCUCUCUAAUAUGAAUACCUCCCUAAUAGAGAUACCUCGCUCAUACAGACACCUCUCUGAUAGUGUUAAUGUGUACUCUUUGCAAGGUACAGUAUGUAGUUUCACUAUAGUUGGCCGUAUACAUAUAUAUAUAUAUACAUAUAUAUAUAUAUAUAUAUAUAUAUAUAUAUAUAUAUAUAUAUAUAUAUAUAUAUAUAUAUAUAUAUAUAUAUAUAUAUAUAUAUAUAUAUAUAUAUAUAUAUAAUAAUUAUGCUUUAUUCUUAUUCAGAAAUUGAACGCCUUCUGAGAGAUGGAAUGAUUUAUGUGGAGUUCAAGUAUGCCUGGCACUCGCUUUUACCAGGAUACUUUCAGUUUCCCGUGGAUCGAAAGCUACAAAGGGUAGAAAAGUGUUUAAAACAUGGAGCAACCCCAAGCAACAGAGGAUGUGCUGGGUUAACUGCCCUAAUGCUAACGUGUAAGAACCUACGUGAUCGUAGCGGGGAUUCAACUGCAGUGGAACAUGUGGUGUCGUUACUCAUGGAACACAGAGCUGAAGUGAAUCAACAGGAUUUUUAUGGACGUACUGCGCUUCAUUAUGCAAUUAAAUCCGAAUAUGACACUGAAGCAAGGCUUGCUCGAAAACAACGUGUUGUUCAAAUCCUUAUUCAGCACAACGUAGAUAUUUAUCUAAAAGAUUCGUCUGGGAUUUCCGCCAUUGAUAUGGCUAAGCGUGAGGGACAUGAAUCUUGGUUAAGAACCGAUGAAGCAUCAUUGACAGGAACAUGCUCAAAGAAAGGAAAACAUACUGUUCAAUAA